CAAAGCUACCCCCCAGGCGUGAGUGGAAGCGGCCGACUGCACACAACUGCACACUCUCUACUCUGGCCCCUCUUUCCCGCGGCCAUGAGGCCCUGGGCACCUCUCCUGUUCCUUUUGCCGUGGGUGGGGCCCCUCCAAGGACAGCAGCACCAGCUCGUGGAGUACCUGGAGCGCCGGCUCGCUGCCUUGGAGGAACGGCUGGCUCAGUGCCAAGAGCAAAGUAGCCGGCACGCUGCUGAGCUGAGGGACUUCAAGAACAAGAUGCUGCCAUUGCUUGAAGUAGCUGAGAAGGAGCGGGAGGCACUCAGGACUGAGGCUGACACCAUCUCGGGGAGAGUGGACCGUCUGGAGCGGGAGGUCGACUAUCUGGAGACCCAGAACCCAGCUCCACCCUGUGUAGAUGUUGAUGAGAAGGUCACCGGGGGCCCUGGCAGCAAAGGCAAGGGCAGAAGAAACGAGAAGUACGAUAUGGUGACAGACUGUGGCUACACAAUCUCUCAGGUGAAAUCAAUGAAGAUCCUGAAGCGGUUCGGUGGUCCAGCUGGUCUGUGGACCAAGGAUCCAAUGGGGCCAAUAGAGAAGAUCUACGUGUUGGAUGGGACACAGAAUGACACAGCCUUUGUCUUCCCAAGGCUGCGUGACUUCACCCUUGCCAUGGCUGCCCGGAAAGCUUCCCGAGUCCGGGUGCCCUUCCCCUGGGUAGGCACAGGGCAGCUGGUAUACAGUGGCUUUCUUUAUUAUGCCCGGAGGCCUCCUGGAGGACCUGGAGGGGUUGGUGAGUUGGAGAACACUUUGCAGCUCAUCAAAUUCCACCUGGCAAACCGAACAGUGGUGGACAGUUCAGUGUUCCCAGCAGAGGGUUUGAUCCCCCCGUACGGGCUGACAGCAGACACGUACAUUGACUUGGCGGCUGAUGAGGAGGGCCUUUGGGCCGUCUAUGCCACCCGGGAGGAUGACAGGCACUUGUGUUUGGCCAAAUUAGACCCACAGACACUGGACACAGAGCAGCAGUGGGACACACCAUGUCCCAGAGAGAAUGCUGAGGCUGCCUUUGUCAUCUGUGGGACCCUAUACGUUGUCUAUAACACCCGCCCUGCCAGUCGGGCCCGCAUCCAGUGCUCUUUUGAUGCCAGUGGCACCCUGACCCCUGAAAGGGCAACGCUGCCUUACUUCCCCCGCCGGUAUGGUGCCCAUGCCAGCCUCCGCUAUAACCCUCGAGAACGUCAGCUCUAUGCCUGGGAUGAUGGCUACCAGAUUGUCUAUAAGCUGGAGAUGAAAAAGAAAGAGGAAGAAGUUUGAGGAGCUAGAUUUGUUUUCUAAAUCUCACCUCCACGCAUUUAUAUCCCCACCAAAUUUCCUCUGUAAACAUGGACAAGUUGUGGUUCAAAUCCCAUAUUUUUAGCCAGUGGUAGCCAAAUUCUCACAGCCCUGUCACCUCAUAUGGGACUCCAGGUCCCGAGUAAACCUUUCGCAGUGAAAAGAGACAAGGCCUUAGUGUUCAUUCCUUCCCUCCUGCCCCAUGUCAGUGAAUUCCAGGCCAAAGACACCUGGACCCAGAUUUCUGACCCUCGUAUGGGGGUAACCCAGCCAACAGGCAGCAGACUGUUUCUUGGCUCAGGACGAGUUGGGGACAGAGAGGAGCAGAAGGAGACUUUCAACUCUAUCUUCUCCUCCUUCUCCCUUCAGGCCCUGAAGAAUGGGAAUUUCUCCACAUCCUUUUGUAUGGCAACACUUUGCAUUAAACAGAAAACCCUAA